AUGAAGCUUCUGUGGAUCUUGGAUAUCCUCCUCACCUCGGUGGUGGUGGGCUAUUUGCUUCUUGCUCCCUACACCAAAGUGGAGGAGUCCUUCAACAUGCAAGCGAUCCACGAUAUCUUGAACUUUGGCGUCUACCCGGCCAAAGUCUUGGAGAACUUUGACCACAAAAGCUUCCCUGGCGUUGUUCCUCGGUCCUUUGUCGGUUCGUUGUUUGUUGCCGCUGUUUUGAAGGCGUCCGAUGUGUUUUUCUCCCAGCUGGUGGGCUACUCCAUUCUCACCAACUCCGAGUUUGGUCAAUUGCAUGUUCAAGUGAUGGCGCGAGGCAUUUUGGCCACGCUCAACAUCUUGGGCUUUCUGGCCAUCAGAAACAGCAUCGAUGCCAUUGUCUACAAGGAAAGAAAGACACGCCGCGGCGUGGUGGGCUUCUUCUUCUUGCUCUUGUUGCUUUCGCAGUUCCAUCUUCUCUUCUACCUGAGCAGGACAUUGCCCAAUUUCUUUGCCUUGCCCAUUGUCUCGCUUGCCUUUAGCAGAUUGAUUCUCGGCGACAUGUCUGGCUUGGCGCUCAUGGCUUUUGCAGGCGUGGUGUUCCGUCUCGAAGUGGGUGUUUUCGCUUCGGUUAUUGCCUUGGUGUCUUCUUUUGGCUUUGGCCAGUCCCCCGUCACCACCAAUUUCUUCAUGCUAGCUGCCGGCGCUCUUGUUGGCUUGGCCCUCACUGUGUCUGUUGACUCGUACUUCUGGGGCCGCUGGCUUAUUCCAGAAUUGGAGGCUUUCCAAUUCAAUAUUCUCCACGGAAAAUCGGUCGAAUGGGGCGUCGAGCCUUACAGUGCAUACUUUGCAAAUUACAUUCCCAACUUUUUCCGUCCGCCGCAUGUCUUGGCCUUGGCCAUUGUUGGUCUUUUCCACGAUCCAGCCCAUGACGGAAGCCCUCCAAAAUUGGACAAGAACAACAAUCUCAUCAUCACCCACCCAGCCCGCAACUCCAUCCGUGUGUUGGUGUUUUCCGCCUUGAUUUUCGUGGCCCUCAUCUCGGGCCAGCCUCAUAAAGAGUGGCGCUUCAUUAUCUACAUCGUUCCUAUUCUCACACUUUCGGCCGCUAUUGGAUUGUCUCACCUCUGGUGGAAACGCACUGCGCUGUUGGCACAUAAGCUCUUGCUCUUGUUUGUGGCAUGCAGUUUCCUUCUCUCGUGGUCGAUUUCGGCGUUCAUUGCUUUUGUGUCCAGCUUCAAUUAUCCUGGUGGAGAAGCCAUUUCUUAUCUCGACAAUUAUCUUUUCAAAAACCCUCCGCAACAGAACAUCACCGUCCACAUGGAUGUUCCUGCUUGCAUGACUGGAGUUACCAAGUUCACUGAGUUGCACGACUCUGCAAUCACUUUUGACAAGACGGAAAACAAGCUGGCAGUGCUCAAACUCUGGAAAGAUUUCGAUUACUUGAUCACUACAAUUGACAUGAACCAUCCUCCUCAGGAUGUUGUAUUGGACACCACUAGUUGGGAACUUCUCGAGGCUGUACCAGCGUUUGCGGGCAUCAACCCUGUUGGUCUUAUCACAACAGUUUCUACGGUGGUCAAAGACUCGAAAUCCAGAAACGCUUUUGUGAAAUCAGUGUGGAAAGACACAAAGAACUGGGAGCCCACAACGCUCUUCAACCUUCUCAAAAACGGUGUGGUAUUGCGUGACUUUAUGUUCGUAUACAAAAGAGUCUCCGAGGACUCGUUGCCUAUAGAAGAAUAUGCGCCAUUGCCAGAAGAAGAAAAGGAACAAAACGAAGAACCGCUUGAAUUGAAGCAAGAGCCCCUUGAAGAAGUGGAGCCGCAAGCUAUCCGUGAAGCUCUCAAUGAGGAGAUUGAUGCUGUUGAGGACAUUUUGGAGACUGAAUUUUCCCAAGAGGCUGAACAACAUGCCUAA